GCUUAGCAGACGAGGCAAGUCUCCUGGGCAGUGGAUGAAACUUGCUCAAUCAGUUGGCUUCAGUGACUGGUCUGACAUAACUAGACUUUGUGUUUCCCUUGUUGCUCUGCUGCACCCUUGCAUAUUUUUAGCACAGUGCUAUGGCCACCGCCUCCUGCUCUGGGACCUCCUACGGCCGAUCGCUGUGAUCGCUCAGCCAUGCCUGAUACUGGCAUCACGGAGACAGGGGGGAGGCUGUGAGUCUGGAAAGAGCCCUGCUGAAAGGCAUGUGUCCCCAGCAGUGGCCUUUCACCAGGGCUUUGUCCAUCUUGCGCCUUUUGCCUGCAGCCAUCACACAGCCCAGGAAGCCAGAUGCCCUCUUCGGUUGCCUGAUCCAUGAGGAAUCUUGUGCGGCAAGAGUCAUCGAAAUGUGACUUUAUAAGAGACAGUCUCCAAGUUGAACUCUCCAGCUAUUCAUGGGUGUGUAGUAAGUAUAUGAGCAGUUACUCCUGAGGCCUUUGGGUUUUUGUCUGCAUUUGUCUGUCUGGAGUCUUCAUCAUCCUCCCUGCAGUCCCCUUCCACUUCAUCAACAAGAAGCUCUGCUUUGAAAAGAGAGGCUCCCAUGCCUGGAACAACACAGGAGAAGAAAACACUACAAAGUCCAGAGCUCAUGAGAGCCUUGGUCUGUUGACAGCUGUAACCAGAAUGCGUGCGCUUCAGAAAAGCUCCCUGAAUUAUAAGUGACAUGCUGGCAAAGCUGAACAACUGAUCACCAGAUACUGGCAUAGUGUUAAACAUGGCUUCUGAGGCUGCUCAGAAUUUCCUUCAGCCGUUGUCUUCUUGGAUGUCUCAAAUAUAUGAAGCUAUCCAACAAGCAGGGGACUCUAUAUCUGCUUCACUGCUGAAUUUGAGUGGAGUGGGUCGUAAGUCAGAAGAAGAGAGGAACCAGGACUUGGAGAAUAAUGGAGGAGUUUAUGAGGAUUAUUCUGAGGAAUCAGAUGAUGAACGACACCUGGAGCUCUGGGAUGGGGAAUACUUAUAUCCUAGAGAAGAUGGUCCUGGUCUUGCUUCACAAGAUUUCCCUCAAGGCUCUGACACGGGCCUGCAGAGGCAAAAAGAGGUUAAAAAUACCAGCAGCAUACCAGAGCAGAGUGUUGAAAGCACCAGGUCUUCAGCAGCCAAUGGAUCCUACUGGAUGAAUGAAGAUCUCCAGCCGCUUGAUCAGCUUCCUCCCAUCGCUGAGGAAGAAGGUGAGCCCUCUAUGAGGAUGGGAGGUCACAAGCACAACCUCAGCUUGGGUGGCUCCUUAAAAAGUAAUAACAGCAAGGCAAGUUUUGCAGUAAACAGUUACACGGAGGAUGGAGAACAAAUAGCAUCUUCAGGCAGCGGUGAUGAGGUGAUUAAGCAGUGCAAGAUCUCUGUGUCAUGCUCACAAAGUUUUCGGGCAGAAGUAUCUGAAAAAGCAACACCAGCAGGUGUGGAGCAUAGACGCAAAUUCAGCCGUUUGCUCUCCAGCCACGAGGAGUACAGUACGGAGGGAUCUGAAUGCAAAGAUCUGGAUGGACUAAGCCAGCUGAGUUACCAAGACAACCUAUCCUAUUCUGAAGAUGACCACGUAUCUGUUGAUUCAAGAACAACAAUUGAGAGCAGGGGCACUGGGCAGCAUAAAGGGCCUAGGAUGGAGUCCAGCACUGCUGAUGGCGUUAGCCAGCAAGCCACAGAAGGACGUUUGGAAAUGGAGACAGCAUUUACCAGCCAGGGAUUUGAAGUAAACAAUGCUACUGACAGCUCAUCGGCCUGGAGCCCUGAGGAACAUGAUGAAGUGAGCAGUGUACCAGCUCAUCAUGGUGCUCAUGAGCCCAUCUGUAAAUGUGGUGAUUUAGAUGUCGUCUUCAACUAUAAAGCCUCAAGUCAAAAGCUAGUAGUUACUAUCUUGGAGGCCAGGGAUAUCCCAGACAAAGACCGCGGUGGUGUGAACACCUGGAAAGUGCACAUAGUCCUGAUGCCUAGCAAGAAACAGAGGGGUAAGACAAGUGUUCAGAGAGGACCCGUCCCUAUUUUCAAGGAUAAAAUUACCUUCAGUAAGCUGGAGCCAGAGGAGUUAAGCAGCCACGCCAUUCGUUUCCGCCUCUAUGCGGUGCACAAGAUGAUUGGAGAGAAGAUGAUGGGAGAGCAGUUGUUCUACCUGAGCAACAUCAGCCAGGAAGGGGAAAUGAGGGUGACAUUGGUCUUGGAGCCAAGGAGUAAUUUGAGCAGUGCAGACUCUCAGCUUAGUCUGUCAGCAGUCUCUCACAGUGAUAGCGCUUCUUCAACACAGUCCCUGUCGCAUGGAGGGGUGCCAGAGCUGCUCGUGGGAUUGUCGUACAAUGCCACUACGGGGCGGCUGUCAGUGGAGAUGAUCAAAGGCAGUCAUUUCCGAAACCUCGCAAUUAAUAGGCCACCUGACACCUACGGAAAGCUCUGCCUGCUCAACUCUGUGGGCCAGGAGAUGUCUCGCUGCAAGACCUCCAUCCGUCAAGGACAGCCCAACCCCGUCUACAAGGAAACUUUCAUCUUCCAGGUUGCCCUCUUCCAGCUCUCUGAUGUCACGCUAAUGAUCUCCAUAUACAACAGACGCAGCAUGAAGCGCAAAGAGAUGAUUGGCUGGAUUUCUAUGGGUCAAAACAGCAGUGGAGAGGAAGAGCAAAGUCAUUGGCAGGAAAUGAAGGAGUCAAAGGGGACACAGGUCUGCAGGUGGCACACGCUGCUGGAGUCCUAGUGGUUACCAUGGCAGCCUGUGGGUCCUGGGACUACGGGCUGUCUUCCCUUGUUCUCAGUCAGCAGAAAACAGCUAUCCCAUGGCAAGCACCGUGUUCUGACAGGUCACCUACACUUUGACCUGACUUUUCAGUGCCAGCAGUCGUGGGUAUUAAAGGUGGGAAGGCCUGGGAAGCAAGUUUAGUUCUUAUCUUUCCAGGUCGUCCUGCAUUUUCUACAUCCAAAAUAAUUAACCCUGAGGAGAAGCAAUGGGAAUACCUACAAAAUCUUUUCUUUGACCAUUGUCUUGCUCAUUUUGUCAUAGACUUAGUCAUUUUGAUGCUGUUUUCUUCGGGGGUAAACUCUCUCUUCCCUCCCUCCCCUUAUUUAUAUUAAUGAAGUUUGCAAAUAUUCUUGACACGCAGAUAGCUCACAGAAAGGCUAACCUGCAUGCAGAUCACAUCUCUCCCUUCUCUUAUUGUUUCUAAGUCCUAGAAAUAAGCAUUUGAUACCACUGUAGACUGGAUGAUACAUUUUCCAGGCAGCAUGGGAAAGCACUCUUGAAUUCUCUGUCAACUUUUAAGUGCCUACACAUUACUGCUGUUCUCCUGUACUAACAACCGAUAUUAGGACUAAACACUACCAGUAUUUUUAAUUAGGCGUCGUGUACACUUUUUAGCCUGCAUUGCCAUAGGUUUGCACGAGAGAGAACUAGAAUCAGUUUUAUAUUGCAAUUAAUACAACGCAUGUUUAAAUGCUUACUUGAAGUUCAUGGCUUCUGUCAUCAUGAAUACCAAAAAAGAGCAGAACAAGCUGCACAUCCACCUUUGUGCCUGAAUCACUCUUUUCUGCAUCAUUGUUUUGCCCAUGUGUUACUUUGAAUGAACCUUAAUUUUAAAAACAGAAAAGCAUUUCUGUGAGCAUUACACAGGAAGGCUUUAGGCCCAUGAUUUCUCUGCAAUUCAGUUAAGCGCCGCUCAGUUUGCUGAGGGCUCUUCUUCAAAUGUGCUAUCCCAUAAUAUCUUCUUGGGAUCUGAAAGGGGACUGGUUUUGGCACACAGAGCAGUAGAGGAUGCCAGACCAUGUCACCUCAUCUUUGGGGCGAGCUCUCCUGCAGGCAAGGAAUAGGAUCCAGAGGAGCCCUCUGGCUCUGCUGAACUGAUGCCAGAGAAAAGUAUUACUCUUCCUGCCUCUAACUGAAAACAAUGCAAGGAGCAGGCUUGCUGGAUGAGGUAUACUCUUUUAUGUAGUUACUUUUCAGACUAUAUUGUCAUUUUCCAUUUUAAUCUUUUUUCCUGUGUCGGUGAGUUGAAGUCACGGAGAUGAUGGGUAGGGGACAUGUCUUAGUCUGUUACCUGACUAUUGAGAGUUUAGUGGUUGUUAGCUGUUGUGAUGCUGUGUGUGGCAGCAGAGGAUGUUCAUCCUCUAGUGUAGUGAUGGUACGUAGGCAGUAAGGUGCUGAGAUCUUCAAAUACUAUCAGCUGCCCAGUGUCCUGUUCUCUGCGCUCUCUAGGAGAAGAGAGCAUUUCUCCAUUCCUGCAGAUGAUAGCAAGACAGAGGAAGUAUUUCGCUGAAGAGGUUUGUCUGUAAUGAAUAACUUCAUGUUUUGUUUUUGUCAUUUACUGAGACCUGGCACCAAAUUCUGCCUCCUACUGCACCACAGCCGUCUCCUUCCCUUCAACGGUGCUUUGCAAAUCUAACUAAUGCAAAUUUUGGCACUGGCUGUUUGACCAAAAUUGAGCCUCGGUGCUGGCUUGCAUCACCUCCAGGCUAGUCAGAGCCUGCGGGGCAGUGGUGUGAUACACGCAGGUUAUCACUUGACGUGAUACACACACGCUUUGUCUGUCCUCAUGAGGCAGACGGAAUAAUCUGCGCGUAGAAGGACUUCUCGUAUAGGUGAGACAAAUUAUCCUACAGGCCAUGGUUUUAUAUAUUCUUAUCACUUACCUGUCUGAGCAUCAUUUUUUCCGGUGAGACUGGUGGGUAUCCUAUGCAGGAGGGUUGUCCUCCGUUGCCUAAAUAAGCUGGUGUAAUACCUGCUUUGCACUACUGGGGCUUUGUAUCACAAAGCAGGAUCUAACCUGAAUACAGCUCAGCAAACAAAUACAUUUUUGACAAACAAAUACAUUUAAUGCUGCUGUAUUACCAAUGCAAGAGAAAAUUAGCAUUUAAGUGGUAACCAGAAGAAUAGAAAUGGGGGGUUUUUUAUCAAGUAGUUUUCUUCUGGAAAAAAAAGUAGAGGAAACAGCCCAAUUCAAAAGGUGCAUUUGAUGAUUUCAGUUGUUUUCCAGUCUCUGUGUCUUGUUUCCUGAACUGCGUAAAAUGUAUAUACAAGUGUUUGUAAGUAAUUUUAUUAUCUGGGAUGUGAAUGUAUAAUAAACUAAUUGAGAUUCUCUUCAUAACUUCUUGAACUUGCAAAGUGUUGCUUAUGCUUAAUGAUUAGCUAAGGGAAAAGUAUAAGUUGAUAAUAUGUUUCAGCAGUGAACUAGAGAUAACCCAGAUUUAUAAUAGCAUGAUUAAAAAAAAAUUCUUGGAAAAGAUAAUUUUAAAAAGCAAUGAAGUAAACUGGUCUUGGACUUCAAUGCCAUUUUCACAUCAAGAUCUUUUCUGAAGAUACAGCAUUAGGGGAAUUGAAUUCUAAUGUAUAAUUUCAGUGUAGAGUAUUGGGAGACAGAGGAAAGCAAGUGAAAAUAGCUUUUUCACUUACUCUAAGGUAAAACUUUGCUCACAGAUGGAAGCAGGUUGCUGCAUCCGUGCAACAACGUUUUGGCCUGAUGUUUUACCAGAAAAAAUUGGAGAGAAGGGAAAAGGGAUGAGGCAAGGGAACCCUUGGGUUUUCAGAGCUGCUGCUAAAGCUGUUGGCACAUCCCUGCCUUGAGCAAUGCAUUUGUGAGGUUCAUUAAGUUCCUGCUGAAGCAAUGGAGGAAUUUAGGAAUCUUGGGAUGAACACAGUGCUGGGGGUGCUCAUACUUGCUAGCUGUACUUUGCGGAUUUUGUUGCUUUUGUGGUUUAUUUUUCUUUUCAGUAUCGACUGUCGAUGAAAUGAAAGCUUUGCAGCAGCUCCCCUGUAUUCCAGAGCUCCUGUAAUUCUUCCCAUUGACAGACUGAAUCAGUCAUUGCUAAUAUUGAUAGAGGCUGGGCUUGUGCUCAUGGUCUUUCUUAUGUAAAUACCACUGCCCUUUCAGUCACUGCUUUAACCCCUUGUUUCCUUUGGAAGUGGCUGACGACUAAAUUUCCAGAAAAUUUUCCAUUCCUUGGGAAUCUUGACUCGCAGCUGGCUCUCAGUUGGUGGUGGUCAGUAGACUUGGAGCCCUGUGCUCUGCCGGCCUCCAUCCACGUGGAUGCUGAUGUUGAUGCCCAAUCUCUGCCUUCUGUGGGGCUCCAGGAGGGGAGGACAGUCGUGGGAGGGCUGUGAGGAGUUCCAUGAGAGCGGGAAGGCAACAGCUGACCUGCUUCUGGGAAUGCUUGGGUGCUUGCAAGUCCCAGCGCUUGGAGGUUUCCUAAUGCACUCGUGUUUUCUAAGAUAGUCAUCCCCUUUUGCCACCACUAUCUGUAAUCCCCUUGUAGCUUUUUUGAAUUUUCUUCUCUUGGGGGGAAACAAAAAAAGCCUGAAAACCCCCAAAACCAUUGUGUGGGAAGGAACUAACUGCGCUGGCAUAAACCCAGGAUAUUAUGGGCAAGUGCUCUGGAUAUGUCUCUCUCUCUCCCAAACAGCGUCGUUCAGCUAGUUGCAGUCUGUUCCUUCCUUGGUCUCUCUCCAGCCAGCACGCCCCUGUCCUGCUAGGCUCUGUGCUAUUAUUUUAUUUUCUGUUUUUAAUGUGUAUCGACAACAGAACAGAAUGAUCUCAUCACGUUUAUAUUCCCUGUAAUAAUGCUGCCUUUCAACUGAUGCCCACAGGAGUGAGUACCUCUUUUAGCCCACUGAGCUACGGCUGUAUCUUACUGAGGUGCUCAUUUGUAAAGGCUUUAUCUGGACGAUCUGCUAUGUCGUUUGAUUUGUUUGGGUUUCCUUUUUACCAGUGUCUUUAAUUACCUGGACCCUGCUGUGGCCUCCUCACUCCUGCCGCUAUGGCCUGUCUGCAUUUCUCUUGCAGGGUAGUGUGGGGUGUGUAGCUCCUGGGGCACACGGACAAUACUUGCAUUUAUUUUUAGUGGCUGCAGAUCCUGAGAAGUUAUUUGGUGCUUUACAUAGUUGACUGAUCUUCAGUCGUGAAUGUCUUUAGAUGUUCUUGGACGCGCAGAACCAAAGGCUGCCAUCUGCUAUUGAUCGUUUCUCCAGCAUAAAGCCUAAGGUAGCAACUUGGCAGAUGAGCGGGCAUUUCCUCUGGUGGCAGUUCAUUUUCUCCUUCAGUUGAAGCUGGUGAUGACCUUGGAGCUAGUGUGCCUGCGGAGCUUUCUUUCCAUUCCCCUAUUUAUCAUCAUCUUUAAUCUGUAUGAUCACUGCACUUCGUCUCUCUGACUCUCAGCAGCCUUCUGCCCUUCAGCACAAAAGGUGGACAGGAAGGCUGAGCGAAGAAUAUGGCCUUCGCUAUUGCAUUAUCCCUGGACUGAAGGGGAGCUGACUCUUGGAGGGGUCAUCUUCAAGUUAUGAUGCUCAUUAUCAAGACCUUGCUCAAAUUCUGUCUCUGCUCUCUAGUCCGCUUAUGGAGUUUGAACCUUGUUGGCUGCGCUGUGAUAACUUUUAAUAAUGCAAAGUAGUGACACCCAUUCACCUCAAUCUGGACGGAGUUAAUGACAGAGAACAACCUGUUCUGUAUUUGCUUUCUUCUUUUUUUUUUUUUUGUAAGCAUCCUGUUCUGUAAAAGGACAACAGACCCUGAAGGAAUUGGUAUGCAGGAGCAUCCGCUUUCCAUUUAAAAUGUACGAAGUGUGAUGUUUGCAUCUAUGGUUUGAGGGGAAAAAAAAGCAGCAGGCAGGGUUUGUAGAAGAGCUCACAGUUUGAAUGAGGCAGGUUUUUCCUUUCAGCUUGCACUACCCCAGCAAAUACAUUUCUUACACCCCAGGCAGUGAUGCUGGCUCCCAGCUGAUCCGCUUCCGUGAUAAAAGCAGCCAGAAGCUGACAGAUCCUAAAGCUUGGAAAGACAUCCAGGAUAAUUCAACAUAGCUGGUUUGGGUGUUUAUUUGGAAUCCGGUGCAGAUUUAACAAGCUGUCGUGCAAGAAAUGAAAACCCCAAGCAGUGGCCGGGAAGGUGGUGGGGAGGGAAGGCUCUCGGCAUACUCAUGCUGCUGUGGAGCUGGGAGCUUGCUCACUCUGUACUCCAGGAAGCAGCACAGCUGGGCUGCGGUGCCAUUAAGCCUGAGCCGAAACCCGGUUUCUCAACACGGUCCCUUAGCUCUAGAUCUGCUGAAGGCAUACAGCUUUUUUUCUUCCCCCCCCACCCCCCUUUUUUUUUUUGUUGUUUUCAGUGCAGAGUGGCUUCUGCCUUCCUACAGCUUACACUGUAGGCCUUAAGAAACAAAUGUGUAAAUAUUUUGUCUCUCACGGCAGCCCAAGGUCAUCUUUCUGGAACAGCAAACAGGCACAGAAUCCAAAGAAGAUCAGUCUGUCAUGUGAGUAAGGUUAGCAUCUGCACUUACAAAUGACAAAGGCUAUUAAUCCUCAUGCUGUAAUCCCCAAGCUGUUUGCCAGCUGGCAGCAGGAAGAUGUUCCCGCUCAACCCACACAGCUAUUCAUGUUUUUUCACCUUUCUGAAGCAGAUAUAGGUCAAUACUUCAGCCUGGAUAAAGAACUUGGUAGAUACCAUUCAUCUCUUCUAGCAUUACAAUCUCUUCUCCACACAAGCCAUCUGUACCAAUGAGGGUGUAAGAGGAGAGCUGCGGGCUGGGCUCUCCCUGUGCUGCUGCUCCCCCAAAAUAGAAGGCUGAAGGUGAGAUUUUUUUCCCCCCUUCUGCUCCUGAGUUUCUCAUGGGAGGAUAAAUUUUGAGAUCUCGCUGCAGAGCUGAAGAGCCUGAACAAAGCUCUGUCACCAGACAGGUCUUUACACACAGAGCAGGGAAAACUCUAUGCUUGUCUUGAGGCAUUUUCAAUCCUAAUUUGGGAACCUGCACGGGAUUUGGGUAUUGCCCCUCACAAGGACUUAAAACGUGAAUCCUACGAAGUAGGGUGGCAGAGCGCUGGAACAGGCUGCCCAGAGAGGUGGUGGAGUCUCUGUCUCUGGAGACAUUCAAACCCCGCCUGGACGCGUUCCUGUGCAACCUGCUCUAGGUGACCCUGCUCUGGCAGGGGGGUUGGACUAGAUGAUCUCCAGAGGUCCCUUCCAACCCUAUGAUUCUGUGAGUCUACCACUGAGGAAGGAAAUAUUCUUACCGUGCGUGUCAGCGAUGCAGGUGGGCUUUGGUAGUCUGUGUGGUCUUGCAUAACGAAAAACUGUACAGGCACCAUGUUGCAUCCAAUGAGUAUUAGGCAGCAGAGGCUGGAAAAAGUCGGAAGAAACACAAAAACCAGAUAGGAGCUAUGAAGCUCCAUUCAGACCUGUUAGUUGCUCAUCUCUUUAGAAAAUUGGAAAGCAGAUUGUUGGGAUUUACUUAACAGAAGUGGUUUAACAGAAAUCGCAGCUCCUGAGGCAGCCGCAGGUGCGAGGAAGUGAGGACAUCACCUCCUGGCUCUUGAGUGUCCUCCUGGUUGUACUGGGUCACCAUCAAAUAGAUACCAAAUACUCUGGAGGUGCCUAUUCCCUGUAACAUCAUACCCAGUGUGGGCUCAUCUCAUCAAGUGACGAGAGAGGAAAAGCUGAUCUUGGCCAUGGGCGAAGAACAAGAAAGAUUCAGGAUUCAGACAAAAGCCAAAUUCUUUCCUGAGUCCCACGAUCAUUAAUUAAUCUUGACCUCCAGGGAAGGCAUUUUAUUGUGCCAAAUACUUCCCUCUCCCUUACUUUCUGAGACUUAGGAGAACAUUGCAAAUCAAAUUUCUCUCCUCGUUAGCAGCUGGGAAAAAUCAUAUAAUUUUGCCAGCUUUCCUCAUCCCUGUUGUGUCUUGUUAGCACCUUCCAGGUGCUUUUCCUUCAUCUCCAUCAUCGCAUCUCCCAUCCUCUCAUUAGAGAUCUGCUCUAAGGUCUGUGCCUGGUAGCAAUAUUUUAUGUUCACGGUGCUCAGGAUAAAACCUGUCCUCCGAUCUCUUGCUGUCACUAUGUGGCACCUCAAGCACAAGUUUUCCAAUUAAACCAGAAUCACAUCUCUCCUGUAGUUGUCUGCUGGCACUGCUGUGGUUUUUGUCUUGCUGGGCUGUAUUCUCAGCUGUAGCUUCAUUGACUUUUUCCCAGCAGAGAGUUUUGUUUGUCAAGAAGAGUAAAUGAAGUGAUCAUUUGGUAGAUUUAGCAUUUAAAUACUGCGUGGCAAUUACGUGUGUGUAUAUGAAAAUGGUUUUUGUGGUAGAGUGGCCCCAGGCAUUUGCAUGAAGCACGUCUCAAUGUGUCUUUGACUGUUGAUUUAAAUAUACUGUAUAUAAUGAGUUGUUUUUAGUAUGUAUUGGCUUCUUUCUAUGUGGGAAUGAUGUUUCUGGCAGGUGCAGGUUUUUCUUGUCUCGGCUGCUGCGCUCACAGCUGGACAGUGGCUGCAGUGCGUGUGUGUGGAUGCAGGAUGCGGUGGCUGAGGCGUGUGUGUGCCCGUGUAUCUCCUCUUUCCUCCACGUGUCCUGGGAUGUGGCAGUCCUUCCCCUCCACCGCCUUUGCGGGUGGACGUCCGUCGCUGCUGGGAUGCAUUGCUGCAGGACAGCGUUGUAAGCCCACUUACUGCGUCUCCCUCCCGGCACGUAGUAGAACAAUCUACCUUUAAGGGUUUUUUCUAUCAUUGCUGUUGUGUCCUCAGCACAGACCGUGGGCAGGUGACGAGUCGGUUGGUAUUCUGAGUAAUUCAGCCCUGUGGCUGAGGGUGCAUCAAGAGUAGUAGGGAUCUCAGCUCUCCUUUCCUAGCCUGAGAUGUACAAACACAAAAUUUAUCUAUAAAUCAAUCACUUUAAAUAACGGCAAUGGAGACAAAUUAAUAAAAAUACCAGGUCCUUAACUUCUGUUGGUGCAAAAGCAAGUCUUCUAGAGCUUGAAUUUGAAUUAUUUUUAUGAUAACUACAUCUAUAAAAGAAUUGUUCAUACUAUGAAGGUUAUAAGGAACAAAUUCAUAAACCCUUUUCACUUUUGUAAAGUUCAAAGAUUUGCACUGAAAACUGUACCUUCAAUCUACUUAAUAAAUGGCUGGUAUUGACUGGUGGGGCCACUGGAAUGGUAUAAGCAUCAUUUCGCUUGCCGUGUGUGUGACUGAAAGAGAUAGCUGAAGUGCAAAACUGUGAUUAAAAAAAAAUGAAAAAUACGAUGAAAAGAUGUUUGGAUAUUCAACAGGAAGAGUGGUACGGGUUUAUUCUUAGCUUUUCGUGUACUUGACAAUGAAACAUUUUUAUUCUACUUAAGUGCUAACGUGCAUGAUCAUACAAUAUAUUGCCUCUCGCUAAUUAUAUGCCGCGUUAGGAAUACUAAUGUCUAGAUGAUAUCUGACUGGGGGGAAAAAAAAAAAAGGCAUUAAACCCAGCUUCUGCAGAAUUCUGGGCUGAAAUUAUCCACACACACAUACAACCAUCCACACCUUAGAAACAGUCUUAUUUUGUUAUGGUGAACGCUGUUGUUACAGGUUUUUAUCAAUAAAAUAGAAGCAGAUGGCUCAU